CGAAAAACAGCCGCCAUGGCGUCAAGUCCAUUUGAUUUGCGUUCGGCUCCUCCUGUCUUCUUUCUUUGCUCGUCACAUCUAAGCAGCUAGCUACUAGAACUGUAGUAGUAGAAGAAGGAUGAGCCCUGACCAAGAAACAGCCAUGGUAGCGACGGCUCCGACGAACGAUGCAGCGUCCGCGAGAAAGAGACGCAAAGCCAUCAUUCAAUCGCAAAGAUCCGAAGCUGUUGUAGUAGAGCACCAACAGCAACAACAAGCGCAGCCACCACCCCAACCUCCAGUCGACACGACAGAAGAUGCUCCAUCUGGCGUCGACGACGACGAACCUCCGUCCAAAAAGAGCAAGACGACACAGCAGAUUCUAGAAGAUGAAGAGUCCGCUCGGUCCAAACAAGCGCGCAAGUACGUGCCGGAUGUGCCCAUGGGAAAGGAACAAUUGGCGGCGUGGAGACGAGAAGCUCGUCGCGUCCGAAACAGAGAGUCUGCCGCAGCCUCUCGUCAACGGAUUCGAGAACGGAUCACCGUAUUGGAAGAAGAAUGUGAAGAAUGGAAACGAAAGUAUCAAACCGCCAUGGAACGACUACGGACACUCGAGCAACAAAAACAGCAGAAUGGCACAGACCCUGAUCCACAACAACAAAACAAGACUAGAUCUAGCUAGCUACGAAAAUGUUGAACAAUCACGAUUUUCAAGACAGACAGUUUUGUCAAGACAGAACUCAAUGUGGGGUUGGCUGGACACCACAAUCAUGCACAACGCCAAAACAAACAAACAAACAAACAAACAAAUCCAGCGAUUCGAUUCCAUGUUUGCUUUGCUUCAAAGCAAAAUAUGAGAAAGUUGGUGUACUACUUCUUCUUGUAGAAUACAAUUUACUACAGUAACCUUUUGUUGACUUAUGCU